GUUUUCUGUGUCAUGUCGUUUGCUUGAUCAAUAAUAAUUUGUACGGAUUACGGUUAUUGCUUUGCUUUCGGGUGGUUCUCGGAAGUCGGAAUCUGCAUUCUUCCUUCCUUGUUAGCAAUUCUAAAAUGGAAGAAGGGCUUUUGUUGGUCGUUGCUUGGAGAUAGCGAGGAGAGAGACGGAGAUAGAGAGAGUGGAGGACUCUUCUCCUUAGGUUCUCCCCUCUUGAAGCCGCCGGUCACAGUUUUCUCGCCGCCGAUGUUGUGACGGUUGUGCGCAAGGGAAAUGGUUCUGGAUGUUAGGGUUUGAAUCGAUUCAAUUACGGCUUGCAUUGCGCGCUUGGUUUGGGUUUAGGAUUUGAGCUUUUCUGGGACCAAUUGCUUUUGGUUUUAUCAACUUCUUUGUUCGUUGUUUUCCUUAAUGGUUGAGGUAUGUUUGAGGAAGGCCUGAUGGGUUCGUGUGAGGAUGCUGUUGCGGUCAAUGAACCAGUCCAUCAACCUGCUUUCGAGCAGCAGCAGCAGCAGCAGCACUCUUCCUGCAUGGAGUUCGUCGAGAAUUUGGUUGCUGAUGACCGCCUACCUUGUUUGGAAAACGGCGACACCUCCGCCGCGGCUCCUGAUUUGAAUCCCACCGCUGUGCUGGAUUGCUCUCUGGGACCGGCUCAAAAUGAUAAUGCUGCUACUAGCGUAACCCCUGCCCACGCUUUAGCUACUACAUCUGUUGAAGAUGGAGUUGCGGUAAUAGAGGCCGGGAAUGAUAGUGCGGUCGGUUUGAACGCGGGAAAUUUGAUAUGUCAGGUUAGUGAGCCUUCUUUGAGUAUGAUUCAUGGGGGUUAUGUGGAGUAUAAUUAUAAUGGGGAUACUGAUGGAUUAUGUUGUGGGAAGGUGGAGAAUGAUGGAUGGCUUAAUGAUGAGCACAAAGGAAUGAGGGAUGAAAACGGUGGUAGUGUUGAGAUGGGUGUGGAGGAGGAAAUAGAUUCUUUCUUUGCAACUGAGUUUGAUAAUCAGCAAGACCUGCUUCCUCCACUGGGUCCUGAAAUGCAUGCCGAAGUGAAUUGUUUAUCUAGAGAAUGGAGUUAUGUAGAGAACAAACAGAUUCCUUCUACUAAUGAGGUUUUGUGUGUUACCGACGAGGAACAUGUUGAUUUAGUAGGUGGGGGCAGUGAUACGGAAAGGCAAAAUUUGAGUUCACUACCAUUUGAAACUGCAGGGUGCAUACCUCCUACUUGUAUUCAACAGGAUAUCCAGAAUGAUUAUCUGUCUGUUACUUCUUCCUCCUUCAAAGCAUUGGCAGAGGUUGUCGACAAGACAGAUGAUGCCUUACACAGGCUGGAGACUACUACUAGUGGCCAGUUGUCUUCGCAGCGUUGUGUGGAGUUGUCUAAGUUUAUCUUAACAAUUGAUUCAGUGCAAAAAGUUGCUCACAAGAAUGAUAAUGAGCCUGCUGCUUCUUCCGUUGUAGAAGGUGCUGAAGAAAUCAAGGAACACGAACAUGAACCUUUGGGAGCUGCUGGAAGUGUUUUAGAGGGCCAAUUGUCUUCUUCAGUUGAGGGCAGAAUAUGCACAGCAGAAGUUCCAUCGUCAACUGAGUGUCCUCAACAAAAUGAGCCGGACAACUGGACUAUCAGUGGUUUAACAUCAGAAAAGAUUGGGGAUGGAGAAAGUGAUGCUACUGCAGACACAGAAGUCGAUAUAGGCACCUGGAUAUCACCACAUGGUGAUGAGUCUCUCCCAAGAACACUAAGCAAUAGUGGUCCUAUGAUUGGUUCUGAGAAGAAUAUUAAUCAGGAAUAUGACAAAGCUGAUACUUCUCUUGUAAAUAUUGACAGAAAGGGUGAAAAAGUAUGUCGAUUUCUCCAAGUAUUGCCUUCACUAGCUUGCAAAAAGACCUUGGAGUACUUACCUACAGCUGCUUCACUCAGCAAUUGUACUCAACAGAAUGGGAAAAUGAAUGGAAGAAAUGUAGACAGUCCUUUUGCAGAAAGCACUUCAGAAAUUUUGGAGGAGAGAAUUGAUACUUCAACUGCUAAGGCUGAAUUUGUUCAUCAGACAAUGUGUGUGGAAGGAAAUAACUGCUAUCUUCCGGAUGGAAUCCCUGAAAUUGCCACCACUGUAUCUAUUGAGAAAUUUGCUUGUCCUGAGUCUUGCCAGCCCUGUGACAUUGCAGAGAGUGGAUUUUCUAAUCGAGUGGAGGGUCCACAUCCUUAUGCGACGGACAAUAUCUGUUCCAUGGAAUCUGGCAGCACAGAUGCAUGUAAUGAACAGACAGAAAAUGAGGGUAAAAACCAGCGCAGAACUGAUUAUAUUUUAAAAAACAAAUGCUUGCGCACUCAGUCUGAUCCUCCACGAAACAACCGAGCUUGCAGAUCAAGUCGAAAGACUCGGUCCACAAAGACUAAGAACAAGGGAAGGAGUAUAGCUCAAGUAAUGGACUUCAAGAAAAGGAAAAGAAGCUGCCUACCCAAACGGACUCGAGCUUGUGAAUGGGGAUCACUGGGGAAAGUCAUGGAGUAUUUCAAGGUGAUUGAUGAGCUUGGAGAUGGUGAAAUUGGGAAUUUGAAAUCACUAAAAGAAAGGGCGGGUCAAGCAAGUCGAAAGCAAAACAAGAAUAGAGCUCAUGGAAGCUUGCGCGAAUCCGGUGUACGAAGCUAUACUUUGACUACUCGCAUUCGUUUGAAAGUUAAAGUGGGCAAAGAGGUUAGUCAAGCAACUUUGAACAACAUUGUCCAUAAGGCAGAGGUAGUUAACAUGGCAGUACCCAUGGAUGCUGGUACUGAUGUCCUUGUAACCAAGUCCCAUCAGCAAGUCACCUCUGACGUCUCGAAGAUCAAUGUUGAUAGAGAUGAAGUUGUGCAACAGACUCUUCCUGGCACGCAAUUGGAGAAGUUUCCAGCAGAUUUUGAUGCUUCGGUUGCAAAUGCAUAUUAUUCAAACAAUCAGCUCGAGUGCUCUCUAUUUAAUAAGAAGUCAACUGAAGAUGUGGCAGGGGAUUAUCUUCAGGAUCAUGCUCAUAUAGGGGUUGGCUUAGAAGCAUCUAGAGAGAGGACUUGUGCUAGUUUAGGAAAUUCACCAGAAUCAGAAGUCAUAAAUCUAGUACCUGAGAUUCAGGUUGGAGCACAAUGUUUGCAAGAUACGCCGUCUGAUUGUGGUUUGGCAAGUUUAAAAAUGAUAGCUCCUUCUGGGCCUCUUCCCAAAAACAGUAAGGGCAAGAAGAGUAAAUCAGUUGCUGCAGGAAGCACAAACAAAGAAGUUAAAUCAGCCAAGAAGAAAGGUGUUAGGCAGACAAAGAUAGAGAAAUCUUAUAAUGGUGGUGUGCUGACUUCUUCAGUGAUAGAGAGAACGUCAGGCAACUCAUCAAGCAACAAGGAAGCUUCUGUUGAGCAAUUACCUUCAUCAGAAGAAACUGAGUUGACAGUCUUUAGAGAAGCCAGCGAUAUGGAUUUUAGUUUGUCCCAGUCACAGGCGUCCAAAGAUAUGCUUCCUUCAACUAAAGCUAAGGGGAGUGGAAGUCCAAAUACUUUGGAAGGAUCUACGAAGAGAAGGUCUAAAAAUUCAUCUUCGGGGAAAAGCAGAAGGUCAAGCAGUUGUAAACAGAAGGUAAAUGAGAAGGGGACUGUUAGCGAUGUUGAUGCAACUGCUCGUGAUCCUGCUGUUAAUGGAGUGGAAGGUGGUAUGGGAAAAGGGACUAUCGAAGAAGACACUAGUGUAGCUAAUGUGGACGGUGUUUUUGGUUGCCCAGUUGUUGAUGAUUCGGGCGAGUCAUUGGAUACUGUACCGAAGCAGCAUUUGCCUGUCGAUAGUGCUUGGGCGCACUGUGAUGAUUGUCAUAAAUGGAGACGUAUUCCAGUUGAACUGGUGCAGAUGAUUGGACAAAAUGACCGUAGAUGGACAUGCAAGGACAACAUGGAAAAAAUGUAUGCAGAUUGCACCAUUCCCCAGGAAAAGUCCAAUUCAGAAAUUAAUGCAGAGUUGGGAAUAUCAGAUGGAGAUGAAGAUGCCUUUGAUAUCCCUGUGAACAAUAAAGGGAUAGAGAAUAGACAAAUAGUUUCCAAGGAGCAUGAAUUUACACGGAUUUCUACUAAUCAGUUUCUGCACCGUCGUCGUAAGACUCAAAACAUUGAUGAGGUUAUGGUUUGCCAUUGUCGACCACCAGUCGAUGGCACGCUGGGCUGUGGAGAUGAAUGCUUGAAUCGUAUGCUCAACAUUGAAUGUGUUCACGGCACCUGCCCUUGUGGGGACCUCUGUUCAAAUCAACAGUUCCAAAAGCAAACUUAUGCCAAGAUGAAGUGGGAUCGAUGUGGCAAGAAAGGUUUUGGACUGCGAAUGCAAGAGGAUAUUUCGAAAGGGCAUUUUCUUAUAGAAUACGUUGGAGAGGUGCUUGAUAUGCGAGCUUACGAGGCACGACAAAAGGACUAUGCAGCCAAGGGUCAUAAGCAUUUCUACUUUAUGACAUUAGAUGGCAGUGAGGUAAUCGAUGCGUGUGCCAAAGGGAACUUGGGACGUUUCAUUAACCACAGCUGUGAUCCUAAUUGUCGUACUGAAAAGUGGGUUGUCAAUGGAGAAAUUUGUAUUGGGCUGUUUGCACUGAGGAAUAUUAAGAAGGAUGAGGAGUUGACAUUUGACUACAACUAUGUAAGGGUUUUUGGGGCAGCUGCCAAGAAAUGCUAUUGCAGUUCGGCUCAGUGCCGUGGUUACAUUGGCGGUGAUCCAACUAACUAUGAAGUAAUUGAUCAAGUUGAUUCAGAUGAAGAAUUUCCUGAACCUGUGAUGUUUGAUGACCGAGGAAAAGCUUUGACAAAAGCACGUUCUUCUGCACAAACACAGAUUAUGGAGAGUGUUUCAACAGAAAGGUAUAAAUUGAAUGAGGAAGUGGAAUCUCUCGGAAAAUGCAUGGUCUCGCCAAACGUCAGUGCUUCUAUGAGUAAAUCUCCUGAUAUCUCUCAUGCUCGUGGUUCUUUGGAAAUGACUGAUAUAAAUGCAAAAGACCCUCGUCCAUCAAUGGAAAUCUCUUGCCAAGCUGAACAAAUAACGAGCAACCCCUCCUUUGAUAUUGAGAAAGAUAUUUCAAUGGAGGAACCUGUUGACAGAAGCUCUAGUUGUACGCAGAUGUCGGAGAAAUCUACUAUCCCAACACCUGUUAAACCAUCAAGUGAUGAUACUGUCGUUAAUAAGAAGUCAAAAUCUGCCUCUGAAGAGAAGCGGGUUUUUGUAAAGUCCCGUUUUCUAUUCAAAAGUCAAUCUGGAUCCACUAAGAAAGGGAAGCUUAACGGUAGUCCUCAAAUUGUAAAUAAAUCUCAGACGGGGACCAACAAGCUUCAAGUGCAACCUCUAAAGGUUAAAAAAGGCAUAGAAGGUGUUCCUAAUGGUCGUCUUGAGACAGUCGAGGAGAAACUUAAUGAACUGUUAGAUGCAGAGGGUGGCAUAACAAAGCGAAAAGAUGCUGCUAAAGGCUAUCUGAAGCUUCUGCUUCUUACUGCUGCUUCGGGUGCUGGUGUAAAUGGUGAAGGAAUCCAAAGUAAUCGAGAUCUCUCCAUGAUCCUUGAUGCAAUUUUGAAAACCAAAUCCCGGGCAGUCUUAAUUGAUAUAAUCAACAAAAAUGGUGUGCCUUCUUUUGUUCCACGUCUGCAGAUGCUUCAUAAUAUAAUGAAGAGGUAUAGACGAGACUUUAAGAAGAUUCCAAUUGUCCGUAAACUUCUAAAGGUUAUAGAGUAUUUGGCGGUCAGGGAGAUACUUACAACCGAGCAUAUAUAUGGCGGCCCUCCACGGGUGGGCAUGGAGAGUUUUCGGGAAUCAAUGCUGUCCCUGACAGAGCACGAUGAUAAGCAGGUACAUCAAAUUGCACGGAGCUUUAGGGAUAAAUGGUUUCCUCGACAAAGGUACGAGUUUAGGUCAAGCUGUCCAGAUAAGGAUGAGGGGAGGAAGGAAUUCCACAGGGGAUCGAGCGGCCAUAGGCCACCAUCAAUAGUACACAGUAAUCGAAGACAUGAUCAGUGUGCUAGAUCCACAGAAGCCAUAGAUUGUGUUGGCCAAUCAAAGGUCUCCACAACUUCAUCAGACAGUGCUGUUGUGCUUUCAGAGGUUCCAUUGAGUUCGGUGGAAAGAAGUGUGAAUGAAGGCUCUUCUGCACCUUGUACUACUGAAGUCAAUCAAAGGACCCGCAAGCGGAAAAGCAGGUGGGACCAACCAGCUCUGAGUAAGCAUGAUUUUCAGAAGAAGCCAGAGGAAUUUGAGAAUUUGAAGAAAGUUGAAGACAGUUGCUAUCAGCAAGGUGAAGCCAGUGAUGCUGUUGAUGUUCCACCUGGAUUCUCAUCUAAUCCUGUGGUUUCCUCUGUGGAAUCUUCUGUUAACUGUCAGCAAAGUGAAGCUAGUGAUGCUGUUGAUGUUCCACCAGGGUUCUCAUCUAAUCCUGUGGUUUCCUCUGUGGAAUCUUCUGAUAACAGCUUGCUCGAUGUCGCUGAUAUUCUCCCAAAACAUAGUACUUGUCUUCUGAACCAUCCACUGAAUGAAGUUGUCGGAAAUCUGCAGAAGAAAUUCGACUCUUGCUUGCCUGUCUCGUAUGGAAUUCCCUGGCAUAUUAUGCAGCAAUUUGGGUCACCUGGGGAUGAAACUGAAAGUAGUUGGGUUGUUGCUCCAGGGAUACCGUUCCAUCCAUUUCCACCCUUACCCCCUACUCCUUACCCUAAGAAGGAAGCCGAAGAUUGUCUUGCUACAAAUCACCAGGAACUUGUCAGCCGCCAGUCUGGUGGCUAUCCAGUUGAAAAUAUUGUUGCGGGCACAGCUGGUUGUAGAAAUGUUGACACUGUGAUUCCUUCUGGAACUGGGACACAUGCGUUCAAUCGCCCAAAGGGCGGUUCGUAUGGUCUGGGGAGGAAGUACUUUAAGCAACGGAAGUGGAAAAGGUCCCAGUGGAAUUCGAGGAAUGAAGGGCCGGUACAUAAUGGUAACAAUACGAGAAAUGGGGUGGUUUGGAGCUCCGAUAUUGGAGGAGGCACGACUCAACGCGAGCACACAAAUUCUUCAUUUAGCUCAUCCACAGGUUGUAACCAGUAGUUGAAAAGGAGAAAACUGGCAAUUUACAUUAACCCGCAUAUGCACAGCACCAAAAAAUGAGAAGGAUAGCGUCAAAUGAUGUUUUUGGAGAAUUUUCAUUCCAUACAUGUUAUGUAUGUCAAUUCUUUCCAAGAGUUAAAUUUAAAGAUGAGUUAUUCAUUCAAUACAAAUGUUGCUUUUCUGGUGGCCCUCAUGAUGGAGCUCUUUCAAGUUGCUCUCUCUGAGAUAUUGAAGAACUUGGCCUCAGUCAGGUAAGUAAGUUGGUGUAUCUUGAUGCAUGGUUAAUAAUUUGUUUCCUUACAAGAAAGAUUGUGUUAACGGUUCUGGUUCUUUGGGGGAUGGUAAGGUGAAAAGGCGCUGGAGUUGUUUCUGAUAUACUCUUCAGUAGUUAGCUCGUUGUUUUGUCGCAUAAUCGUGAUUAAUACCCUUCAUUGUCCAUGAAUCUCUUAUCGUGCUUUGAUUGCAUUUAUAUGUUCUCCGUCUGCCUCUUGAGUAUCUGUGGCCAAUUAAGUAGAUCACCAUUUGGCUUGGUAGACAGCCAGCCAUGACAUGCAUGCAGACCACAAAGAGAGGGAGGGACCUGGUGUGGUUUUGCGACAUAUAUAGUUAUGACCAACUCAGGCAGGGCUGCUGCCGCAGCAGGACUUCUACAUGAUCACCUCAGCAGACGCCAUGGAGCUUUCACAUGUAACUGGCCUCUUGUUCGACUACAAGUGCCGAGUCAAAGGGGCAUCUAAAGGACCAAGGAUGGCGUGGAAUAGCGGCUACAAGAAUGUGUUGCUCAACCUCAACUCUGCUACAGCCACUGCGAUGACAUGCUUGCUGAGGAAUGUAAUCAUACUGCAGAUUUUCUUGCUAGCAAGGGUCAUAGACUUGUUUAGUAGGCA